UAUAUGUAGUGAAGUACUACCUUAAUGAAAAAUAACAAUUUUUUUAAAGGAAAGUUGAUGAGGUACUCAAGAUACCAAACGGUAUUCAUCAAAAUUAAUAUUAAACGCUAUCGUCAAAAAUGUUUUUCAAAAUAAAUAAACGAGUAUGGAUCAACUUUUUCAUCUUUGUGAUAUUAACUAUAACUAUUGUAUUUAUGUUCUCAGACGAUCACGUAACAGAAAUACAUAAUAAGAUAAACAGUGAAAAGAAAGAGGAACGUGUCACUGUAUCUUAUAAUAUUACGACGACUUCUUCUACUAGUACGGUUACUAGUACUUCAACAACUACUAAUUCCGCUAUUUCUAAUAGUACUUCUCCUACUACCCCUUCUACCAUAUCGUCCACACCAGGUGACGAUAUACACUGUUACAGAGAAACAAGUAUAGGUUCCCUUCCCGAUAUUUCUGAAAUAUCCCCUAGACCCGGGAAAUCAAUUUUCUUCCACGAAACUUCUUGUAAAUCCUUCAAAAAAGGUAAAAUUACCAUCAAUUCUAGACAAGCAUGCGCAGUGGAGAGCGCAGCACGUCUUAAUCCAAAUUUAGAUAUUUAUGUGCUAUACUCCUCACCAGGUCUUAUUAAGUCCGAAGGAGAUGAGUCUGAUAAAUUUCUUAAUGUCCUACAGAGUUACAAAAAUGUGAAAAUAAUGCACUUGGACUAUGAGCAAUAUACCAAAGGAACUCCUGUGGAGGAACUGUACAGCUCUGGAAAGAUAGAAAAGUCAAUGUACGUUGUAUCACACGCAAGUGAUGUUUUAAGAUUUCUAUCUCUGUGGAAAUACGGUGGUUAUUAUUUCGAUCUCGAUGUGGUACAUUUAAAACCCAUUCAAGACCUACCUCUUAGUUUCGCUGGAAUAGAAGCUGAGGUUGAUUUGGGUUCUGCAGCUUUAAGUUUUUCUCCAGAUGGAAUUGGACACGAACUCGCUGAACAGUGCCUGGAAGAUUUGAGAGAGUGUUUUGAUGGAAACGCAUGGGCCACCAAUGGUCCAGGUGUAAUUACGAGGGUAUUAAAGAAGCACUGUAACGUAACACAACCAACAGACUGGUUAGAUAGAAAAUGUGAAGGUGUAACCAUUUAUCCAGCUUCUACGUUUUUCGCAAUUCCAUACCAAAGUAAUGAGUAUUUUUUUGACAAGAAUUCGUUAUCAUUAGUAAAAAAUGAAACUAAAGAUAGCUACAUCUUCCACGCCUGGAACAAGUUAACUGUAGGGCGUAAGAUCUCGGUUAAAACAAAUGUACCUUACUUAUAUUUUGCCAGGAAGUAUUGUACGAAGGUGGUUGCAGCUUGUAAUGAAUAUUUUUGAUUUUUUCAGGUUGUGUUUGAGCUUCGCAGCUCGGUUAUUAAAGAAGAUAUCGGUCCAAUUAAAUGUACCGUAUAUAUUUUGCUAGAAGUAUUGUACGAAAAUUUUUUGCAGCUUGUAAUAAAUAUUUUUGAUAUUA